AAUGUAUCGCUGAAAUGAAAAGUCAGUGUAUAAGAAAAUGUUUAACGAAAAUGCUUUUGAAAAUGGGGGGUACCAAAGCAUGUCUGGCAUCCAGACAUCACCUGAAGAAAUGGAUGAAAGAUAUAUUAGUACUGGCAGCGGUUCUGGUGCUCUCCUGGAAUUACUUGCUGAAGUGGCAUCUCAGAAACUCCGUUCUGAUCCUAGUGUUAAAUGCACUAAUACAGCUGAGCCACGCAUUUCUCCUAGAAAUAUUAUUCAGAAGGGCAAAUCCUACAUUAAGAAGAAGCGUACAUCACAUAGAGGACGAAGUCAUGGUGUCGUGGAUGUAGAAUAUGUUAAAGCAUUGACUGCAAACCAGCUCAUCAAAACAUUUUCUGAAUUUGAUGGGGAUGAGAUGAAAAGAAUGUUCACCUACAAAUGUACAUUUGACCCUCCGCACUGCAAUAAACAUUUUGCAAGUUUUGGAAGUGAAGGCAAAGCACGGCAGCAAUUAAAGAUUCAUUUGUUAGAACAUGUGAAAAAGUUGGAGAAAAAUGAAUGUGAAAAAUAUUUUUCAUCAAAUGUACGUGAUACUGAAUACACACAAGUAGCUGCCAAGUUAAAGGCUGAAACCUUUAAAAGAACAUUCCAUAAAGAAGACAUAUGUGAUGAGAAUGAUAGCAGUUUGUCAAACAAAGAGCCUGGAAGAUGCAUCGAAAAUAAUGCAAUUAAUACAUAUGUGCUUAGUCCCAAUUCUUUGAGAGAAAACAAUGUCAUAAAGAGGGAAAAAGCCACCAGUUGCUGUACUGCAGAUGCCCCUCAGAGAACUGAAUUGGCUGAGAAGUCUUUAUAUGCUAGCAACCACGAUAAUGAAAAGGAGCUAAUACACGAUAAAAUUUACAAUGAACAUAAUUACACAACAUUUGGUGCUAAGUUUUGUAAUGCAUCUCCAGACAUACAUAAUUCAGUUAAAAAUGAAGGAAUGAAACUAGAAGAUUCAGAUGAAAAUUGUGCUCAGCAGGGAGACACAUCAUUGGACAAUAUGCAGUCAAAGUGCCUUGGGAAACUUGCUGAAUCUGAUGUUUGUGAUAUGGUAACAGUGAGUCUAACAGGAAAGAAUCACUUUAAUUCCUCCCAGUUGCCAUGUGUUGGGCAAGAAGUGGAUGUGAGCACUUGUGUAUCACUGAAAAAUACAGAACCAGGGUGUCAUUUCAUUUUGCACAACAAAUCCGAAAAAUUUGAGGCAAAGACUGCAACAUUCAGGGAAGUCAAUAAGAAUGUUGAGAGAGAUGAAUAUCGUUUAAAGAAGAAACCAAAAGGGAAAGCAAAAUUUAUUGGGCAGUCAAAAGCAGAAAAGGAAAUGGCUAUCCAAAUGAUUGAUUCAAUGAAGCGCAAAGAAAAUGUUGUUGAAUCAUUAGAGUGCCACAUCUGCAACCCUCCACGAACAUUCACUGCUCCUACAACACUUAUCAGUCAUUACAGGAGCCAUGCAGGUAUAAAACCAUAUGAAUGUAGGCUAUGCCGUUCUGUCUUUACGCGCCAACAUAGCCUCAACUAUCAUAUGCUAAUUCACACCAACCAGACGCGUUUCACCUGUGGGGACUGUGGUCGCAAAUUUCGACAUCCCUCGCAUUUCAAGGAGCAUAGGAGGCGGCACACAGGAGAGUCACCAUAUGAAUGCUCUGACUGCAUGCUCAGGUUCAAGACACGAAAUACUUAUAAGCGGCACUUGAAAACACGUCAUGGUAAAGUUUUAACAACUUCAGGAGGUUUAAUUGUUCUCUCGGAGGAGGAGUUCAAGAGUGUGAGAACAUCACCUCGUUCAGUUGAUUCAAAUAACAAGAGCACCGCUAGGAAAAAUUUGCUGAAGGGAAAAGUUCUUACUAAAUUUAGUUCAAAAAAGAAAAAUGUAGAGCAGGGUGGAGAAGACCGUAAAGAAAAUAAAUGUAUUACUCGCAGCUUUACAGAGGAAAAUGAAUCACCAAGGCAUUGUGAAGUGGGAGACAAUUCAGAUAUGGGAAAAUACAGAAAUUGUGAAAUGGAUUACUUAGAAAACAGCAGUGAUUCAAAUGAUGAUGAGAGGCAGCAUUCAAAAUACUUUCCUUUUGAUGUUGUGGAAGUAGCAAUGAGGCAGAGUAAUAUUUCAUUUAUGGAAGACAAAUCUGAUAAUUCAAAUGAUGCAGAUGCCAUUUCUGAAAAAGAAUUUGAUUCACAGAAGUCUAGGGACUGUAUUAAAUCAGAUAGUUAUUUGGAAGAAUCAGUGGGCACACUGAAUGUUACUGUUAAAGAAACAUAUGAGUCUGAUGAUAAAAAGGAUGAACAGUUCCAGAAAGACGUGAGUAAUGUGGAAAAAGCAACAUUCCUUGCUGGAAACAGUAAGUGUAUUGCACAGUUGUUGCCACAGCCCCCUGCUGAACCUCUUCUUGUUACUAAUAGUGUAGCACUGAGUCCAGUUUUUAUAGAAACACUUUUUCCAGACGAGCAGACUGUAAGUUCUAAGCUGAAAGACAAUCAUUCUUCAUCAAGUGUUCUUACUGUAAUCAGACGACAGCACUGUGAAAACAGUUCCCAGUGGAGAAACAGAUCAGAAUCAAAACAUUUAUCACAUGAAAGCAAUGAGGGCCGCACUGUAGUAGUUGUUGCAAACACUUCUUAGAAAAUAUAAUCUUGGUUGAAGCAGUCUUGACGGCUUUCAAACGUUCAGACGAUGGCUGUGUUUUCAGAUUUGAUAGCACAAAUCUUUGGGAUCUUUUUUACACCUCAGUGUAUUCUUGGAGAAUUCUUUUGCAUCACAAACGCCAAUAUUCUGAUAAAAUGCUAUAGAAGGCAACAGAAUAUUCACAUAGAAUGCUCAUUUGAAGAAACUAUUUUUACAAAGAUCUUUGAAUUAAAAACAAAUGUCACAAUUUGUAAUUGGAGCAAAAUAUAGAUAGAUUUAAACUUUAAUGGCAGUUUGAACAAAGAUGAUUAUUACCUACAUUACAAAAUUUUAACUUUGUUAUUAGUUCCCAUAAGAAACUUGUGUAUAAUUUAUUUUAUUUAAGGUGCCCUUCUGUUAAUAUAUUAGAGUGACUUACAAAACUUGCUGAAGUGGAAGCAUCAUGACAAGACGUCUACUGUUGACAAAAUCAAGCUUUAGCUUUAGGUUAUGUAUGUAUAAGUAUGUAGCAUUUUAGUGCCAAAGCUAUAAUUUGUUUCACAAAAUUUGGUUAGCAGUUUUUCCUUUGUGAGUGCAAGUAUGAAAAAGCAUUCACCUAUUUACUGUUAAUCACAGCACGUAACAUUUUGUUCAAGUAAUUUCUGUUCAUUAUUUAGUAAUAUUUCUUAUAUCUUUCAAGAGUUUAUCCAACUCUAAACCUUCAUGUUCUUGCAUACAACUGUGAUUUUUUGUUGUUGUAUCACAUGAAAAAUAUUUUGUUGAAAAGAAAGUGCAUUUAAGAAUUUAGCUCUGAAAGACUUUUUCAUAACUUGUAGUUUGUGUAAGAUGAACAAAAAUAUAAUUUUUAAAAUAUUUGCAUUUUUUAAUAUAUGUGAGUAAGUUUUUAAUGAAAUGUUUGUAUUUUGAUACAAAUUUAAUUUUGCUUAAGAACAAACUUGAAACAUAAGAUUCAUAAUGUUUGCUUUGAAUAUCUUGUAAAACUUUAUAUGCAUUUAUAUUACACUAUUACAAGACUGACUGUUGAUCGACAGCGUUAAGAAAGUGAUGAUUAUUUCAGUAAUGUUCUCCUGCAAUUUGAAAGGUGACAGGUAACACUAGUAACACAGAUUUUGAUUGAAGAUUCAGAAGUAAGUUUUGGAUUGUGUAUUUUAAUACUCUGUCGUAUCACAUGCACUGAAUGACUAUACAAAUGAUUUGAGAUUGACUUAAAAUUUUCUGCUCCAUGAAUAACUUGAAAAUCACAACAAAUACUUUUUCUGACAAUGUGAUGGUUAUUUGUUAGACUUUUAUGCAGCAUUACUGUAUUUUUUUAUUGAAGUGUAAAGGUAGAGGUCUUCCAGAAAUACCAGUUUCUAAAAAUUCCAUGGACUUUGUAGAAAAAAUAUACAAAGAUAAAAUUAAA